AUGGCGGGCUGGGUUUAUAAACCUCCUCGCCCUCAACACAGGACUUUGAAGGCCACUUGUCUCCGUGCUCUGUCACGUAUGCACAUGCAACGAGGUCCGACAGCCUCAGCACCCUUACUUUUCACCCUGGAGGGCACCGCGACGCAAAGACAGCUCUUCAUCAUGAGGUCCUUCUUCCUGCUGCUCUUCUCCCUGUUGUUGGUGUCCCACGGAUCCUCAGCAGUCAUCACAGGGGCUUGUGAGAGGGACUCUCAGUGCGGAAAAGGCAUGUGCUGUGCGGUGAGUUUGUGGAUUCGCAGUCUGCGUAUGUGCACACCCAUGGGACAAGAAGGAGACGAGUGUCACCCUAUGAGCCACAAGGUCCCUUUCAAUGGGAAAAGACUCCACCACACUUGUCCCUGCCUGCCCAACCUGUCGUGUAUCACUAUAGAGGAGGGGAGAUCCAAAUGUCUCUCACCGUACAAGUAUCCAGAUUACUACCUCUGA